GCCAACUCCUCUCACCACCCACAGAACCGCUGGCCCUAAUCUCCUUUCGCUGUCUCUCAUUCAAUAGAAUCAAUACCAGUUUUUUUUUAGGCUUCCCCCAUUUUCAGAGAAAACCCAACGAACAAGAAAACAGAAGAAAAACCGGAACGGAAGGGAUCGCAGGAAAACAAGGGAGAGAGAGAAACUUUUUGCAGCUUUUUGAAUUAUCUCCUGUGACAAGUUUCUUUCUCCUUUCUCCUUUCUCUCUCACCAAGAGAUAUGUUGCCGUCUGGCAAGAUUUGCUGAGUUUUCCUUGUUAUCUCUGCUAUAACUUGUCAUUUGAGAAGAAGACAUUUGAAGAAAUUUAUUUGAGGCGAUACUCAGGCUGACACAUUUUUUGCAAUUUAAUUUCAUCAUGGUUACUACUCCUGCUUCCGCGUCAUUCUUCCUGGCUGCUUCUCCAUCUGUUGAAUCUGGUGCAAUAUCUGCGAAGCUUGGUGCUCCCAAUUUGGGAGGAAUUAAGUCAAAGUCUGGUUCAGGUGGUGGUCUGAAAGUCAAGGCAAAUGCUAAAGCCCCUUCUAAAAUAAAUGGUACCUCAGUUGGCGUGACAUCUCCUGCAGAGAGUAUGAAGAAUGUGGACAGUGUUCCAUCAUCAGCCCCUAGAACUUUUAUCAACCAGUUACCUGAUUGGAGCAUGCUUCUUGCUGCUAUCACAACCAUAUUCUUGGCAGCAGAGAAACAGUGGAUGAUGCUUGACUGGAAGCCAAGAAGGCCUGAUAUGCUAAUUGACCCUUUUGGUAUAGGUAAAAUUGUUCAGGAUGGUCUUGUGUUUCGGCAGAACUUCUCGAUCAGAUCAUAUGAAAUUGGUGCUGAUCGUACGGCAUCCAUAGAGACGUUAAUGAAUCAUUUACAGGAAACGGCCCUCAACCAUGUUAAGACUGCAGGUAUUCUUGGUGAUGGGUUUGGUUCCACCCCAGAGAUGUCCAAAAGAAACCUGAUAUGGGUGGUCACUAGAAUGCAGGUUCUUGUAGACCGCUAUCCUACCUGGGGUGAUGUUGUUCAAGUAGAUACUUGGGUUAGUGCCUCAGGAAAAAAUGGUAUGCGCCGUGAUUGGCUUAUUCGCGAUGGAAAAACUGGUGAAACUUUAACUCGGGCUUCCAGUGUUUGGGUGAUGAUGAAUAAACUGACAAGGAGAUUAUCCAAGAUUCCAGAAGAAGUUAGAGGGGAAAUUGAGCCUUAUUUUCUGAAUUAUGAUCCUGUUGUUGAUGACGACAGCAGAAAACUACCAAAACUUGAUGACAAUACAGCGGACAUUGUCCGUAAAGGUUUAACUCCUAGAUGGAGCGAUUUAGAUAUCAACCAGCAUGUUAACAAUGUGAAGUACAUUGGCUGGAUCCUUGAGAGUGCUCCACUGCCAAUCGUCGAGAGUCAUGAGCUUUCUUCCUUGACUCUAGAGUACAGGAGGGAAUGUGGAAGGGACAGCGUGCUGCAGUCCCUAACUGCUGUCUCUGAUGCUUCCAUAGGAAAUUUGGGAAAUGCUGGUCAUGUUGAGUGCCAGCACUUGCUUCGGCUUGAGAAUGGAGCUGAGAUUGUGAGGGGAAGGACUGAAUGGAGGUCCAAACAUGCCAAAAACUUUGGCAUUGUGGGUCAUGUUCCAGCAGAGAAUGCCUAGUAGUAUCAACUCUUUUGCAGCAGCAGCUGGAAUUGUUGGUCAUCUCUUCUUUGCUGGUGUCUCGCUCACAUGGCUUGUGUAGAAUCCCCCAUGUGUUUCUGUUCUGGAUAUAUAUAUAUAUAUAUAUCCAUUUAUAUAUUUAUAUUUUAUGUAUAUGUUCUUUAUAGUUUGUUUUAGAGAGAGAAAGGAAGACCUCUUGUAAUUAGAUUUUGCUUCACAGACUUUCCCAUUAGUUGUCUGAAUCAAUUACCGAAGGUUGUACACUCCUUCCUUGGCUUUGUGGUUCCAAUUGUUUUGUGCGACAGCUGUGUUUAGCUGCUUGGAUAAGUUAAUAUAUAGCCUUCGUUACUGGCGCAA